AUGACGGACGGUAAUACCAGUGCCAACACCAGUGCUUCAGUUGAUCGGAUUUCAGUUAAAAUCCUACCGUUUUGGCAAAACGAUCCUGAAAUAUGGUUCCUGCAAGUAGAAAACCAAUCUACACUGGCAAAUAUAACAAGUGACGCAACCAAAUUCAACUAUAUAGUUGCCAAUUUAGACACAGCCUACAUACUAGAAGUUAGGGACAUCAUUGUUUCACCACCAGCCACAGAGAGGUAUGCAAAAUUAAAAUCAGAAUUAAUUAAGAGACUUAGUGCAUCACAGCAACAAAAAAUUAAAAGACUACUUGAGCAUGAAGAACUGGGCGAUCGAAGACCUUCGCAGUUCUUACGACAUUUACAGUCUUUAGCAGGCACAACGGUACCAGACAAUAUUGUAAGGUCUCUGUGGUUAGGUAGACUGCCAGCGUCUACACAGGCUAUUCUAGCUACUCAAGCUAAAGCUAGUUUGGACGCAGUUGCCGAGCUAGCUGACACAAUAUGUGAAGCUAUAGCUCCUAGGGCCCAAAUUUAA